AUUUUUGACAACCAAAAGAGAUGUCAGGUUUUUGCGUCCACACUAUUAGUCAUUAUCUUCGAUGAUACUUUCAUACUUCACAUGAUACGUGGCAUUCAUUUCAUUGGACAACAUACAAUUAUGAUAAUAAAUCAAGAGGAUAUCUCCUGUUGAAUCGCCGUGGGAAUGCAUUUAAUUGGGUUUUGGUGCCAACCUGACCGACCAAUGUUGUUAUCAUUAACAAAUUGUUACGACCCAUAAGCUAAGGGAAUCUAAUGUGAAAUUAGCAAUGUUUUAGGUGACCUUCACCAGUUAAAAAUCUCACAAAGUAAUGUGGGAUACCAAUAAUCAUAAAAACUAAUCCGUGGAAGCAUUUGUGAAGAGCUACAAAUGAGAACAUCCCAACAUCAGUUGAUGGAUUUUGAGUGUGGAAGCAAUUACUUUAUGUUUGCUGGAUGUCAUGCGAGACCCUUUUCUCUCUUCCUUUUUUAAUUUGUCUUUUCUUUAAACAAUCAAACUUUUUAUUCGUUGCUAAAUGGACACAACAGAAUAUGCCAAUUCAAGUGCUCCCAAGUUCUUUACCUAUAAAUAGAUGGCUGCAAUGAACCAAAUUAACACGUACCCCUCUUUAUACCAAUCAUGGCACUAGAAUUGUUUACACUUCGGCUUCUUUCAGCUCUCUGCCUUCUAUCAGUCCAGACGUUUGCUCAAGAUUUUGAUUUCUUUUACUUUGUCCAGCAGUGGCCAGGAUCCUAUUGUGACACCCAGCAAAGUUGUUGCUAUCCUUCAUCUGGGAAGCCGGCAGCUGACUUCGGGAUCCAUGGACUCUGGCCUAACUACAAUGAUGGCUCCUAUCCUUCCAACUGUGAUCCCGGCGUUCCUUUUAAUCCAUCCAAGAUUAGUGAUUUGGUGGACAGUAUGCAAACAAACUGGCCAUCUCUUGCUUGCCCCAGCAGCGAUGGCGAUACUUUUUGGUCACAUGAAUGGACGAAACAUGGAACCUGCUCCGAAUCAGUCUUGGAUGAACGUGGCUACUUCAGUGCUGCACUCAACCUCAAGAAACAAGUGAAUCUCCUCGAAGCACUGCGCAACUCAGGUAUCGAGCCUAACGACCAAUCCUACAGCUUGAACAGCAUAAGUCAGGCCAUUAGCGACGCCACGGGAUACACACCGGGGAUAGAAUGCAACAGAGAUGAAUCUGGAAAUGACCAACUUUAUCAAGUGUAUGUUUGUGUGGAUACUUCAGGGACCAGUCUUAUUGACUGCCCUGUUCUGCCUCAUGGCAAAUGCUCCUCCCAAAUACAUUUUCCUUCAUUCUAAUCAAAAAAUGCCUCGAUGAGGAGCAAAUGUAAUAGGCAGUGUCAAUUGGUGAUAAAAAUUAUUGGAUCCUGUAUUUUUGUGGCAAUGCAUUUCUUUUCUUUUA